GGUCAUUGUCAAUGCUAACCAUAUUCCAUAAACGUAAACCCAAAACAAAGACAAUCUUAUCGGAAAAAAUAAAGAGAGUUUAGAUAAUAGUUGUUAAUAAAAAGUUUAAUUACCAACAGAGAAAACCAAAACGAUUUCAUUAUUAUUAAAGAAUUAAUAAUGUUACUGCUUCAUUUCUAGCAUACCUACUCAAGUGACGUGUAAUAAACUUACUGUAUUUUGAAAACGUUCCAUGUUUAAAAUGUUUAAGUGUAACUUAUUUAAAGUUCUGUGGAAAUUUAUCUAAAAGGACCCUCACAGUCUUUUGCAGUUAUUUAUUUUUAAAUGUAUUACAAUUUGUGAGGAACUUUAAAAUGACCAUUAUAGUUUUUUUGAUUGAUACUUCAGCAUCCAUGAAUCAGAAAACAUAUGUAGGGGGCAGAACUUCAUUGCUAGAUGUUGCUAAAUCAGCAGUUGAAACUUUUGUAAAAAUACGUCAAAGAAGCCCCGAAAGCAGAAUUGAUAGAUAUAUGUUAUUAACAUUUGAAGAGCCCCCAAACAAUAUUAAAGCAGGAUGGAAAGAGAAUCUGGCUACAUUCAUGAAUGAAUUAAAGAAUUUGCAAUGCUAUUCAAUGACUACAAUGGGAGUUGCUGUCAAGCAGGCCUUUGAUAUCUUAAACAUCAAUAGAGUAACAUCUGGUAUAGAUACAUAUGGACAAGGAAGAUGUCCAUUUUUCCUUGAAACAUCUGUAAUUGUACUUAUUACUGAUGGAGGAAAACUCACAUCUGUAAAUGGUGUGUAUGAAGAUUUUACCUUGCCAAUGACUUCACAAAUUCCUGGAGCAGAAAUGACCAGAGAACCAUUUCGUUGGGAUCAGCGACUUUUUGCUCUUGUCUUACGGUUAGCUGGUACACCUGCAAUUGAACGAGAUGCAGGAUUAGUUCCUAGUGAUAGCAGUCCCAUUGAUGCCAUGUGCGAAGUAACAGGAGGUCGAUCCUAUUGCAUAACUUCCCACAGGAUGUUAAAUCAGUGCAUUGAUAGUUUAGUACAAAAGGUUUUAAAUGGUGUCGUAAUAAACUUUGAAAAGAUUGGUCCAGAUCCUCCACCUCCAAAUAUGGACAAAAUUGAUGACAUUUUAAACAAGGAUGAUGAAUUAAGCAGAGAAUAUGAAAAUUCAAAUGAUUCUCCUAUUAAAAACGAUAGACCGCUUCCUUCACUAAGCAGUACUUCCUGGCAUAAUUGUCGUAAAAUGAUAUACGUACAAAAAAAUCAAAAGGGUUUUCCAUUAGGGUUUUGGCCUAUUCCUGAAUCGUUUUGGCCUGAUAUGACCGCCACAGUGCUUCCCCCAAGAAGUGCACAUCCUAACGUAAAAUUCACAUGUACUAAUUCAGAUCCAAUGGUUAUAGAGAAUUUACCCUUUGACAAAUAUGAACUAGAACCUUCACCACUAACUCAGUAUAUCUUGUCUAGGAAACAGCCAACUGUUUGCUGGCAGGUGUUUGUGGCCAAUAGUUAUAAGAAUUCUGAAGUUGGGCAUCCAUUUGGAUAUCUUAAAGCGAGCACAAACCUAAGUUGUGUAAAUUUAUUUGUUAUGCCCUACAAUUAUCCCGUUCUUUUACCCUUAUUAGACGAGCUUCUUAAAAUUCACCGAUGGAAACCGACGAAUGAAUGGCGAACACAAUUUCAGAACUACAUGCGAACCUUGCCUUCCUACUAUGCAGCCCCAUUACGUCGUGCGCUUACACGAAUGGUCACUUUUGAAGGUUCUCCUGUAGCUCUCGCCCAAACCCUAAUUCCUGAAACUGCCGAAAACGGAAUUAGCUACUCAGUCAGUAAUUACUUGAAGCGACUUAAAAACCAAGCCAAAAUUGAGUAUGAUCGAUUGUGUAGCGAAAUAUUGCAACGUCAAACACAAAACGUAAGCAAGAAUAACUUUAAUAUACCAGAACAGAUAUGGAUGUUACCUCGAGUUACUCUCAAAAAAGACCUUAUAACGCAUCCCUUACUUCUGGACAAGUUUAAUGCACAAAGGGAUCAAUUGUUGGAACAAGGAAACCUCUUUGUUUGUUCAAUUGAAAAGGAACGGCUUUCAGUUAGUUUCAAAAAUCCUUUCGAUAUUCCGCGAGAUCGGCUCAUGCAACAGGUUGCUAGAAUGAGAAACAAUUUCCUGCAGUCUGACUGGAUAGCUCAGGAUUUAGACAGCGCUCAUUCUUUACCCAUCUCUCAAAUGGGGAAUUACCAGGAGUAUUUGAAAAGGCAAACACCCCAGUUGCGCGAAAUCGAGUCCACCCCUGUUCGACAACACAUGUUUGGUAAUCCAUUUAAAAUUGAUAAGAGGAUGAUGGUCGAUGAAGCUGACAUUGAUUUAGUGGGCUCUGGAGCGCCGGGUGCGAAAGGAUCGAGCAAACGCUCUGGUUCAGCUAUUCCGGACUCUAUUUCCCGAAUUCCAACGAAACGAAAACCGGGGCCAUUACCGAAGGAUUUAGUUAUACGUAAACCCAACUUGGGUAGUUCCUGUUCAACAAAUUCAUCGCGUUCAUCAUCUCCAAUACCAUGGUUAAGUUCUCCUGAUAAAGAAGUAGCAAUGUUAGUUGAAGAAAAACUACCUCCUUUGGGAAUUAGUGCAACUGUAAACGGUAUAGAUUCAUUAUAUGAACAACGAUCACGAUCUCCGUCACCGACACAUCUUAAUGACGUCUCCAUUAAUAGUAACGAUAUGUCUUUCAUACCGUUGAGGGCAACACACACGAUGAAUCAAAACGUCUGUUAUUCCCCUAGCGGUUUAGACAACAGCAAUGAAUUCACCUACAGUACCUCAAGUACCAAUGAUGACAAGCAAAUUUCGCAAAUACUGAAAGAAGCUAACAGUCUGUGGGCACCUCUUCAAAAUAACCUUACGCAAGAUCAAAAACCUAAGAUGAUAAUUAUGGAAUCAAGGGACGAAAUAGAAAGUCACAAUUUAGAAACGAGAAAACUUUUAAAUAAGUUGGUACGAAGACCAGGUAAAAAUUUUACGGAACUUUUUAAAAAUAUAAAGUUACUCAAAGGUGAUACGGACAUGCAAGUGCAAGCUGUUAGACUAAUUAUUGUUGAAUCUUUAAGGUUUAAAAGGCAACACUUGGCAGCCCUCUUAGAGGAUCACAUACAAAAUUUGACAAAUUUAGAAAACAAAUAACGACUUGGUAUUGUACAUUAAUGAAUUUAUUUAUGAAGUGUUGCAUACAUGUAUCGAACAGUUCAUUAUUGUAUUUAUAAUAUUUUAAAGUUCAUGAAUGAUUUUGUGUAAACAUGUAUUGCAUAGUGUUUCAUUUUAAAGUGGCGGUUGGUAUUUUUUAUUUUGAUUUGCCAUAUUUUUCUAAUGCAGUCUUUAAAAUAUACUUGUACAAUGCGA